AUGGCCGUGCUUGGAAGUGAUAGUCGGAGGUGGUCAGGAUUGCUACUGAUUUUCGUGUUCUUGUGCUCCUUCAUCACGCCGGUCGUGACCGUCAAGCACGAGAACUUCAAGAAAUGCGACCAAUCUGGAUUUUGUAAGCGCAAUCGUGCCUAUGCAGAUGCCGCCCUGUCAACCUCUUCAUGGCAGGCACCAUAUUCCCUGGAUCCAGCCUCUAUCAAGUUCGACAAUGGCAUGUUGACUGGUAGCGUUGUGAAGACCAUUGUCAACACGGCGGAGACUGUUCGGCUACCACUCACUAUCGCCUUCUACGAAUCUGGUACUGCUCGCGUGACCUUGGACGAGGAGCGGAGACAGAAGGGUGAUAUCGUGCUGAGACAUGAUAGCAAAGCAAAGAAGCAACGAUAUAAUGAAGCUGAGAAGUGGGCUAUCGUUGGUGGCACGACGCUCAGCCAAGGCGCGGCCACAAGCAAGGGUGCUGAGAAAGGAACUACCAACAUCAGCUACGGCCCAGCAGGCACAUUUGAGGCAGUAAUACGACAUAGCCCGUUCGGCAUUGACUUCAAGCGAAAUGGGGAGACCCAGAUCCAGUUCAACAAUCGUGGCUUAUUAAAUGUGGAGCAUUGGCGACCGAAAGUGGAGAAGCCAGUAGAAGAGAAGAAGGAAGGCGAGGAAGCUGUCGUCGGAGAGUCGGCCAAGGAUACCGAGGAGGACGAAGGCACUUGGUGGGAUGAGUCGUUUGGUGGCAGUACGGACAGCAAGCCAAAGGGUCCGGAAGCCGUGGCUCUUGACAUCAGCUUCCCAAACUAUCAGCAUGUCUUCGGUGUCGCCGAGCACGCAGGACCACUCUCACUCAAGGAGACGAGAGGUGGUGACGGCAAGUAUUCUGAACCAUACAGGCUGUACAACAGCGAUGUAUUCGAGUACGAAAUGGACAGUCCGAUGACAUUAUAUGGAGCGAUCCCGUUCAUGCAAGCUCAGAAGAAGGACUCUACCGUAGGUGUGUUCUGGCUGAACGCUGCUGAGACAUGGAUUGACAUCACGAAGUCGAGCUCCUCGACAAACCCGCUGAGCCUUGGCAUUGGAAGCAAAAUUACCACAAACACACACUGGAUCAGUGAGUCCGGUCUGCUGGAUGUCUUCAUCUUCCUUGGUCCCAAGCCGCAAGAUGUCGUUGGUGCUUACACAGAGCUCACUGGCUACACGCAGUUACCGCAGCAGUUCGCUAUCGCAUACCAUCAGUGUCGCUGGAAUUAUGUUACCGACGAGGAUGUCCGUGAUGUCGACCGCAAAUUCGACAAGAACCGCAUUCCAUACGACGUCAUCUGGCUCGAUAUCGAGUAUACCGAGGGUAAGAAGUACUUCACCUGGGAUCCUGAUACUUUCGCCAACCCACUCGGUAUGGAAAAGCAGUUGGACGAGCACGAGCGCAAGUUAGUUGCCAUUAUUGACCCUCAUAUCAAGAACGAAGGCAACUAUCCUGUGGUCGAUGAGCUCAAGUCGAAGGAUCUGGCAGUACACAACAAAGAUGGGAACAUCUACGAAGGGUGGUGUUGGCCUGGUAGCAGUCACUGGGUCGACUGCUUCAACCCUGCAGCGCAUACAUGGUGGAAGAGUCUAUUCCGGUACGACAAAUUCAAGGGCACUGCGAAGAACACCUGGAUCUGGAAUGAUAUGAACGAGCCAUCUGUUUUCAAUGGUCCGGAAACGACCAUGCCAAAGGAUAACUUACACCAUGGUGGCUGGGAGCAUAGAGAUGUGCACAAUAUCAACGGCAUGACUUUCCAGAACGCCACCUACCACGCUAUCCUUGCUCGCGACAAGGAAGAGGAUAAAGCUAAUGUUCGUCCUUUUGUGCUUACGCGAUCGUUCUACUCGGGCUCGCAGCGUCUCGGCGCCAUGUGGACUGGCGACAACCAAGCCGCAUGGCCACAUCUUGAGGCAUCCAUUCCCAUGCUCUUGUCUAUGGGUAUCUCUGGCUUCCCUUUCGCAGGUGCGGAUGUGGGAGGCUUCUUCGGCAACCCGAGCAAAGAGCUUUUGACUCGCUGGUAUCAAGCCGGUGCCUUCUAUCCUUUCUUCCGUGGUCAUGCACACAUUGAUACUCGUCGACGGGAGCCAUAUCUUGCUGGCGAGCCGUAUACGCAGAUUAUCACCCAAGCUUUAAGACUGAGAUACAGCCUGCUGCCUGCGUGGUAUACCGCUUUCCACGAAGCUCACACGAACGGCGCACCCAUAUUGCGACCGAACUACUACGUUCAUCCUGGUGAUGAGAAGGGGUUCGCCAUCGACGACCAGUUCUACGUCGGCAGCACAGGUCUGCUUGCCAAGCCUGUCACUACUGAGGGUGCCGAUGGUGUAGAUAUCUAUCUUGCUGACAAGGAGAAGUACUUCGACUACUUCGACUAUUGGAUGUACGAAGGACCUACCACUGUCAGCUUAGCUGCUUCGCUCGAUACAAUCCCGCUUCUGAUGCAAGGUGGUCACAUCAUUCCACGUCGUGAUCGACCACGGCGCAGCUCGGGCUUGAUGCGCUAUGAUCCGUUCACUCUCGUCGUCGUCAUCGGCAACUCGGGUGAUGCGGAAGGUACACUUUAUCUCGACGACGGCGAGAGCUUCGACUACGAAGAAGGUGCCUUUAUCCAUCGUCGUUUCGAGUACAAAUCCGCUACUUCAACACUCAUGUCCGAAGAUCUGGCGGCAGCUAGCGCAUCGCCGAGCAGGAAGACGAAGGACUACCUUAAGGCGAUGGAGAAGGUCCGUGUGGAGAAGGUCAUCGUCGUUGGUGCACCUGAGUCGUGGAAGAGCAAGAAGGAGGUUGAGGUCAGCGAAGAGCUGGCCGGCAAGAGCUCUGGCACUAAGUCCGCUGAGCUCGAGUGGCAUGGCAAAGAAGAGGGCAAAGCUGCUUGGGCGGUGGUCCGUGAUCCUGGCAUCCAGAUCGGAGCUGGAUGGAAGAUCUCGUUUGCAUGA